AAAAAACUCACACUAUUUCUAGGUCCCUGAGUUUAAGCCACAAUAAACAAUAAACAAAACAAAAUAAACAUGUCUUCUUCUUCUAAGGAGGUAACGAAAAAAAUGAAAAAUCGAGACAAAUGGUAUGGCGAUGCAGCAGAAUUCUGGGAAAAUGUGGAUCCUUCUGUCUCUGGAAUGUUACAAGGAUUUGAACGUAUCUCAGAUAUCGAUGUACUUGGAUCAAAAGAGUUUCUUAAAGAACUUCAGGAGGAGAAUAUUCUAAAAUCAAAUCUAUAUAGAGCUGCAGACUGUGGUGCGGGCAUAGGACGAGUUUCCAAACAUUUUCUCAUGAAUCAUUUCGAAGUUGUGGAUAUAGUGGAACCAUGUGAAAAAUUCUCGAAUGAAAUACACACUUACUUGGCUGAUGAAAAGUUAAGUUCAAAAGUUGGAAAAAUCUUUAACGAAGGCUUGCAGACAUUUACUCCAAAACAUAAACAUUACGAUGUUAUAUGGAUACAAUGGGUUGUUGGUUAUUUAACGGACGAAGAUUUCGUGACAUUUUUACUUCGUUGUAAGGAGGGGCUGACUGAUGACGGGUGUAUUGUUAUCAAGGAUAAUUUAUCCCGAUAUUCGCCCGUUUUGGACGAGGAAGAUAGCAGUGUGACAAGGACCUACGCCGGAUACCUAAAAAUAUUUGACACAGCAGGGAUGACUUUGCGUAAAAGAGUAACACAAAAAGAUUUCCCAUCACAAUUAUUUGGUGUUCACAUGUUUGCACUGACUUGAGAUAAACUGUAGCUAUUAAGCAUAAAUGCCUGAUCGUGAGCUGGGUGGCUUUGUAUGGUGGUACACGUGGGCUUGCUGAUUUGUUUGUGGUUCAUAAUUCAAACACCAUUAUUUUUAUACUGUAAAUAGACGACGCAGCAAAGAUGAUAUAUUAUAUACAACGGGGCCCGCUAAUAACAGUUACUUUUCCACAACAGUAACCUUAACGGACAGUAAAAAUUAGUCUGGACAGUUUUUUACAGUUGUAAUCUUUUAAAUACACCUUUGUCAAACGAUUCCUCAAAUUAUAAGGAUAACCGGUAAUCUUUUUAACAGUGAAUCGGCCGUAAAGAAAAAAAUUAGGAAGGAAACUGCAGCUCUUGUUUGUGAGUUUGACACAAUUAUCAAAUCCUUAAAAUGCAAUGUUUUUAUUUGCGUAUCGCUGUUUUAAACUGGAAGAAAAUGUUUCAAAUAUAUUUUUGACUGUGGGCGUGUGCUCAAAAACGUGCGUGUAAAAAAACGAAAACACAAUACUCAUCACAACUUUCAGCUCCAAUCAACGGCUAGUUAAAAUCGCUUCCUAAAUGUGAGCGCUAAUAAUACGUCAAUGUAACUGGGCUUUUAUUAACGUAUCAGCGGUAAAGGCUGUUUUCCCCUUUGAGAAGAUUUUUUCCGCAAAUACAAAACAGACAGUUGUGCAAGUGUGAACGUUUUAAUGGUUUUAUUUGAAUUAAGGUUACUGUAAAGGAAAAAACUCACUUGAUGAGUAGUCUCAGAGAAAACCCUUAUAAUUUAUCAAUACUGUUAUAUUUUUUUUUAUAUUUUUUUGUUUCUGAAUGCUUGAUGAAAGACUUUUUUGAUGGUGUUAUUUUCGUGAGAUGGUAAUUUUCCAAAAAGAAAAUGUAAUGAAAUAAACACACACCAAUUUUUUUCACCGUACGUUUUGAAAUGGCUUCUUUUUCCGAACGCGUGGUCGCAGACUUCUCGUUUUCGCACCAUUAUAUUCAGCAUAAAUUAAAUUCAAAAAGGUUCCCGGUUUUUUUUUUCUAAUAACGUUAUGAAAUUAUUUGUAAUUAUAUAUAAUCAUUCAAAAAAAUGCAUAUUUUUUUC